GGUGUAAACAAGAGAAAGAAACAAGGAGGUGAAGGUGCCUCAACCUCAGGUAGCAAGAAAAAGAAGGCGAGGGUCCCUACAGCCACAGGGAGCUUUAUUGGUGUUGAUGAUGCUGCUGCCAGUAGUGUGCCUGCAAGACCUACCACAACAGAAGGCAAUGAGAAGACCUAAAUAUUGCUUUUUAAAUGGAGAUGUUUUGUUAGUUACUUUUUGUCGUUUUUGAAUAGUUGGUUUAUUCAAAUUGUGACCAAAUAGGUUAAACCAAUGUCAUGUCCUUAUCUAUAUAGCUUGUAAAGGUGAUGACCAAAAACAACAAUAUAUAUGGUCAUAUGGAUUCACCAUUUUCAAUAUUUUGUAACAGUAAAUUGCAAAAACAACACUUAAUGUAUGGCUGAAUAGGGGAUUUGGUUUUGUAUAUUUUCUUUCAAUGAAUGGCAAAAUUUGGU